AUGAAGGCAGAGGUCCGACCGAGCCUCGGGCCGGCGCCGAGCUCCGACGCGCCCAAGACAACCGCGUUUCAAGUCGGUAAGGUCGCCACGGACCCAUGGAAGGCUUCGUUCCAGGACGCCAGCAUCAGUGUCGGCGCCGGCGAGAAGGAAGAGUCCUACAUCCCUGUCCAGCUCGCACGGCAGUCGCUGCAGCGCGUGGUCGAUGACAUGCACGAGAUGAAGGCGCGGCAGCAGGAGAAGGUCCAAGCCAUCAUGGAUCGCUACGCGGCCAUUGAAGCGUCGACCAAGCAGCAUUACGAGGCCUUCGUCCUCGACAUCAAGCGGCGCGCGCUGGAGCGCGUUCAGACCCAGAAGCAGCAGUACGCGCAGCUGCGGCUCGAGACUGACGCCGAACGCAAAGUGGCGACCGCCCACAUUGAGAGUCUCGAAGCCAGUGCACGUGACAUGCACGACCGGCAAGUCCAGAUGCUCGCCAUGUACCAGUCGGAGCGCGAGACACUGCUCGUCGACCAAGCACUCGAGCUCGGGUCGCUUAAAAGAGCCUACGAGGUGGAGCAGACUCGACUACGCGAGCUAUGGCUGGCCAAAACGGCGACGUUGGAGCAGGCCUACCGCUGGCUGCACAUGCGCUCGGAAGACGAUGCGGCGCGCUGUGUGGAGCUCGAAGCGACGCUGAUGGCGGUCACGGCGACCGCCAAGCAUCAGCAGAUGGACCAAGUGGCGAGUGCUCACAUCGACAAGGCCAUUGCACUGCACGUGGCGCAGGUCGUCUCCGACUUGUGUUGGCAGGUCGCGCUGCUCGAUCGCCCUCUCGGCGUGCAUCAAAUGACGGCGACCGAGACGCCGCGAAGCGCGAUCGUCUCGCCCACGCCGCGCCGGCCGUCCGAGCCCAAAGAUGUCAUUUGCCAAGAGACACAAACGAUCCUCGACCUUGUCCAGAACGAAGCCUCUGAGGCGCAGACGGCUCUCGUGGCGGCCAAGCGCUGCGAGGAAGCGUUGCGGCACCAGCUUCGCGCCGCCGAGCACACGCGCGACGUGUGUGAAGCGCAGAUCGUCCGUGACGUGCUCGACCAGCUCGUGCUGGAAACGGCCUGUGCACACGCAGCCCACAACACGCCGGUCGUCACACGUAUCGAACCCACACGCGUGUCGCCCUCGCCGUCGCUACCUCUCUUGCGCCCGCCCGCGUCGAUCCACAUCCCGCCCGAGUACGACCAUUUGAUUGCGUGCGAGUUGGACAUGGAGGCCCUUCGCGACACGGCCGAGGCGCUCAAGACGACCACAUCGGACCUGCACCACAAGAAGACAGCGGCCAAGCAAGCCAUCAAAGAUUGGCUCGCCGACUUUGAAGCGACCAACCACCGGGAGCCGUCGAUUCAAGACAAGGCGCAGGUCAAAGACAUGUACAUCGCCUUCAAGCAAGCCGAAGAGCAGUACAACCGGUCGCGCGAGCAACUCAAUGCGCAAAAGCAGCUCUACACGGCAAAGUUGGCCGAAGUCGAGACGCUGCAGUCGAGCCAGACGAUGCAGACGUUUCCUCACCACACACUGGUGGCCCACCUGCGCGCGGCGCUCGAUGACACCCAGCGGCGGCUCGACGUUGCGUUGCACAAGCCUGUCACGCCGGCGCUCGUCGACCGCAGCGGCCGCGCGUCGACGCCGCACGUUCCGCCGCGCACCAACGAGGCCAUGACAGCGCUGCAAAAGCGCGUCGAGGAGCUCUCAGCGCAGCUCCAAGUCGCUCAAGCCAAUGCGCAGCUCCACGCGUCGGCGUCCGAGCCCAACAGCCUUGGCACGGCGGACGUGAUGCCAGCAACAUCGACAACGACAGCGACUGACCGUCUAGUGGCAAACUCGUCGAGCUCGGAAGCGGUGCAGCCCACUUCUGUGCAAGCACCGACGGGUCUCGAGCAAGCAACAAAGGAGGUGGUGCACGACGAAGCGGCGUUGCAAGCCGCUUUGGACGACGCGCAGCACGCCCAAGCGGAUCUCCAGCACAAUGUUGAUACGCUCUACGACCGUAUUCGCGUGCUCGAAGCCGACGCCGCGACGCGCGCGACCGAGCUCGCUGCAGGCACGUGGGUUGCUUAUGGGCUUGCUGAAUACGACGAUGACUCGACGCCAGAUGACACGACUCCAGACGAUACCACUGCGAUGGGCGACGCCGAGGCGUCACUGCCAGAACCUCUUCUCGACGAGCCCAAAGAGUCGCCGCUCCCAGCCUGCCUCGCCAGUGUCAAGGCUGCGAUCGAGAGCGGCAAGGCUGCAUGGAACAAGGGUGACAAAGUGCUCUGCCACGACGUGCUGCUAAGAGCGUGCAACGACAUUAUCGACUGCGACCUGCCUCUCUCCUGCGCUGAGAGCGUCGCCGCCAUCAAGCAAACCAUUGCCGAGACCAAGACCCUCGUGCCUGGGAAAGCGGCCGUCGCUUUGCGCAAGCAGCUCGAUGCAUUUGUCGUCCUCGCCGACGCCGAGCCGAUCGCUGUGCCCCGACCGCAGUCCAAGACAGACCGUCUCAACUUGAUGACGGCUGACGCUGCCGCCGCGUCAGCGGACCCGAGCCCCAACCCUGCUGGGACAACCAAGAUACUCAACGAGUACAAGCAAAAGCUCAAGGCCAUGGAGUCCAAGCUCAAGGCCGACAAGGUGAAAAUCACCCAACUCGAAAACGCACUCGCUAAGGCUGACGCGGCUGCCGCGCUCGGAGGCAAAGGCGGCAAAGACGAUGACGCCAACAGCCGCCUCUUGAACAAGAAGCUCCAAGAUGCGGAGAAGAAGGCCAAAACUGCGUUGGACGAGGCCGAGAAGCAAGCGACGCGGCGCAUUGCCAGCCUCGCGAACGAGCUGCAAGCGGCAACGACAAACGUGACAUCGCUCACGGCCAAGAUCGACGAGCUCGACGCUCAAGUGACCGAAUUAAGCACCAAAGCAACGCUGCUCAAUAACGUCCAAGGCGAAGUUGAGAAGCUGCGCCAGGACGCGGAAGAACAAGCGCUGCGAAAAAAGUACUACAACACCAUCGAAGACAUGAAGGGCAAGAUCCGCGUCUACUGUCGGUGUCGCCCCAUGAGCGGGUCGGAGCUUGAGCGUGGCUGUCACUCGGCCGUCAAGUUUCUCGACGAGUAUACGCUGGAACUCGAGACGCCGCGCGGCCCCAAGUCGUUUGCAUACGACCAAGUGUUUAAUCCCUCCAACACACAGGACCAAGUGUUUGAAGAUACAAAGAACCUCUUGCAGUCGGCGCUCGACGGGUACAACGUGUGCAUCUUUGCGUACGGCCAAACGGGCUCGGGCAAAACGUUCACCAUGACGGGCACGGCCGACCAUCCAGGCAUCACACCACGACUCAUCGACCUCAUGUUCAAAUCGGGCGACGCGCUCAAGGGCAACAACACCAUUACAUAUGAAGCGUACAUGCUGGAGCUCUACAACGAUGCGCUCAUCGAUCUCUUCUUUCAACUGGACAACCACCCGGACAAGGCGCCAAAACUAGAGAUCAAGAAGAACGACAAGGGCAUGGUCGUCGUGCAAAACAUCGUUGUCAAGCCGUGUACCGACACCCACCAAACGCUCAAAUUGUUUGAUCAUGCCAACAAGAAGCGCCAAGUCGGUGCGACCAAGAUGAACGCCGAGAGCAGUCGGUCGCACUCGGUGUUUACGAUCUUGAUUGAAAAUUACAACAAAACCACAAAAAAGACGUCUGUGGGCAAGCUCAGCCUCGUGGACCUCGCGGGCUCGGAGCGAGCGGGCAAGACUGGCGCGACGGCCGAUCGGCUCAAGGAGGCCCAAGCCAUCAACAAGAGCCUCAGCGCCCUUGGCGACGUCAUUUCCGCCUUGUCGACCAAUGAAAAGUUCAUUCCAUACCGCAACAACAAGCUCACGCAACUCAUGCAAGACUCGCUGGGUGGCAAUGCCAAGACGGUACACGACUCGUUGAGACGACUAGGAAGCAGCGACGAUGUUACUUUAGCUCAUGUUUGUCAAUAUUUCGCCGGCCGACUAUAACCAGGAAGAGACUCAAACGAGUCUCUCGUACGCGUCACGGGUCAAGCUCAUCACCAACAAUGCCAACAAGAACUCGGACAGUGAGGAGGUCGCCAAGCUCAAGGCCAUCAUCAAGCAGCUCAAGGCAGGCCACGACGUCGACCUCGAUUCGAUCGCCGAGGGCGAAGCCAUGUAGCUAUUCCGGCUUAUACCCGCUAAAUCUGUGGCUUGGCGUGGACCGCGGACGAUUGUUAACGAUGGAGACGACGUGCCAUUGGUCGAGUGUUU